AUGGCUUCUAGUACCAUCACGCCGGCGUCGUUGCCGCCAGCCGGUCAGACGUCUAAUUUUGUCGAUCCGCCUUAUAUCGGUGGGAAAUUUGUGGCUGUGAACUGCAUUUUCUUGCCAUUGGCUGUCAUUGCUUUGGGGGUACGAACAUGGACGCGGUUGUUCGUUGUGCGAAGCUUUCGCUGGGAUGACUAUUUGAUGAUUAUCGCUCUUUUAUUAUCUUGCGUUCUCACGGGUGUGACCCUCGAAAUGCUGAACUGGGGAUUGGGAAAGCACAUGUGGGAUGUUCCACUUGCGGACUUCAUGGCGCAGUUCCCCAAGCUGAAUCUCAUUGCCGCCAUCAUCUAUUGCGCCGCAACUGGCUUCACCAAAGUCUCCGUCCUCGUGUUCUACCUCCGCAUUUUCCCAAGCCGCAACUUCCACAUCGCCGUCUGGACAAUCGUCUUCAUCGCCGCCGGUUACAGUAUCGCUAGUAUCCUUGCCAAUAUUUUCAGUUGCAACCCAAUCGCCAAAUCCUGGGACCUGACGAUCACAACCGGUUCCUGUAUGAACAGGCCUGUGUUUUACUUUGCGAAUGCAGGACUGGGUAUCUUCACGGACUUUGCGACUGUAGCAGUCCCGAUACCCUGGCUUCGUCGACUGCAAAUGCCCGCCCGUCAGAAGGUUGCCGUUGGCGUCAUUUUGGCUAUGGGAUGCUUCGUCGGAAUCGUUAGCUGCAUUCGGCUCGGCAGUCUUUAUACGCUCUUGAAAAGCACUGAUCUCACCUGGGCGACUACCGACGCGCUCAUGUGGUGCACCAUCGAGCUAAACCUCGGAAUUUUCGGCGGCUGUGUUACAGCCAUCAGACCCUUCGUUCGCAGAUACUUCCCCCGCCUACUUGGCCUUUCUUCUGGAGGUGGAUACACCUCCUCUCAAUCGCGAUCUCGCAAGCACGGACAUCCCCUCGGGUCGAUCCCUCACAGCGACCGAGUCAACUUCACUAAUCAAGACAAUCAAUAUACAACGACACUCACUACACUCAGGGGUGCCCCCGAUAACGGCAGCGAAGAGCAUAUCCUAGCAUCGCAUCCCAGCGGCCAUGCCAAGGAUGCCGAUGGUACGACUGGUAUCAUUCGAACGGUCGAGUUUGAUGUGGAAAACAGCUCUACUGCUCCACAGCGUGAGUAA